AUGUUUCUGUUGCCGUUGCUGCCGUCGCCGCCGCCGACUCCUCAGCGGAUUGAGGAUAUCGCUGCCGCUGCCGCCGCCGCUGGUGCUGGUGCUGGUGCUGGUGCUGGUGCUGGCGCCUCCGCCUGGACAAGCUCGCAAAAGCCGGGCGACGACCUGAUCGCCAACUUCAGGCAACACUUCCCUGAGGUCGCAGCAGGCUCGUCUGCCGCCCCCUCAUCGUCCCAGACGACUACCGCCGGAGUUCCAGGAGCCGCACAUAAUGCGCAAGACAGAGCCCACGGCUUAGGUCAUGAUGCCUUCCAUGACCAGGAUCCCACUCCCAGGGCUUCAAAUGAGCCCUGGAGGUUCACUCCGUCCCUGAUGGAUCCCAACUCCUUCUCCUUCACCAACUUCGCCAAUGCCCCGCCCGGCUACUAUACUCCAACGCCUGGCGGCACGAACACUUUGUAUCAUCCCCAAGCUGGCGACCUGCACACCCCUGGCCUGUUUGGCAUGGGCCUGGGCACGCCGCUGUCGAUGCCCACGACAGAAGCUGCCAUGCAGUCUGGCCCCGGCUCCGGCCCGGGCACAGUCCCAGGUCCUACCCCAGGCCCUGCUAUGAUGGAUCUCGCUGGCUUCCACCACGGGCCCACGAACCUGCAUCCCGCCCAGUUCCAUCAGCAGCCGCAAUUCAACCCAUUCGUCCAGCCCCAUCCGCAGCAGCAGUCUUUCGCCCCCUCCACCUUUGUCCACCAGGAUACCGGCUACGAGACCAUGGAUCAGGAUGGCUCUCCGAUGGGUUCUGACCAGGGCGACGAGCGCAUGGGUUCCAUUGAUAGCGCCUUCCAUGGCCAGUCUCCCAUGAUGGGCUUCCAGCCCAGGCAGCAGUAUGGGAUGGCCAUGCCGCUCCCGAUGCAUCCCUCAGCCGAGAAGUACCGUUUCCAUGUUACACUCAACGCUCCGACUGCUAUGAUCAAGCACGCAGAUGAGAUCCCAGUCACAUACCUCAACAAGGGCCAGGCUUAUUCGCUGUCCAUAGUGGACACGCGGCCCGCCAUCCCUAUUGCGCCAGGAACUCGCCUUAGGACAUUCGUCCGCGUCUCGUUCGAGGAUGAACAGCAACGCCAGAAGCCUGGUGUCUGCUGGAGCCUGUGGAAGGAGGGCCGGGGUACGAACGAGGCACACCAGCGGGGUGGCAAACUACAGGCCGUGGAAUACGUCGAGGCGGGCCAGCCCGCGGAGGGAGACGACAAGCGGACGAGGGUGGAGCUGGAAAGCGCUUCGUUCGAUGGUUUCUCUGUCAUAUGGACCCCCGGCGUCAACGGUGCCGUCGAGUGUAACGUCGCCGUCCGCUUCAACUUCCUCUCUACGGACUUCAGCCACUCGAAGGGCGUCAAGGGAAUCCCUGUGCGUCUUUGCGCCAAGACGAGUGCUCUGGACUCCGAGGGGCCUUCUGCCACAGACACCACGCCCGAGAUAUGCUACUGCAAGGUCAAACUCUUCCGCGACCAUGGCGCCGAACGGAAACUGUCCAACGAUGUCGCACACGUCAAGAAGACGAUCGACAAGCUCAAGCAACAAAUCGCGCAAGCCGAGAGCGGCCUGAAGGAUUUUGGCAAGCGCAAGCGGGCCGGUGGGUCACAAAUGAAAGGUACCGACGGCAGCCAGAGGCCUGGUAAGGUCCAGAAACACAAGCGCACGUGGUCCAUGUCGUCUGCCAGCUCGGCAGGUGGCGGGAGCGGCGGCGCCCGAAACGCACUCGAGGACGAUCUUCAUUUCAAGCUGCAGACCCUACAGGACAUGUUCACCAGCACCCGGCCAGUCAGCGUACUUUACCUGAAGGGUGACGACCUCGACGACCCAGACGCGCACCCGGUCUCACUGCCCGGCGAUUCGUCUCUCGACCUGGUCAAGGUCGAGUCCCGGGACAGCACCGCCUGGAGAGACCGCAGCACGCACAGCUCUGUGACUGGGUCGCUCGUGUCUCCGUCUCCCAGCUCGCUGUCGCUGCACUCAGCCGCAUCUGUCGCCGUACCGGGCGUGCCGUGGCAGGAACGUGCGGCUGUAGGGUCAGACCCGUCGUCGCGACAAGGCUCCCUACAGCCAACUCGCGUCCAGAAGGCCUCGGACGCAGGUGGACUCAGCGGCUGGAUCGAGGCAUUGGGUGUUGAUCCGUCCUACCGGCCACCGCCCGAGCGAUCUGCGAAGCCGAUCGCGUGCUUCUACGUGCUCAAGAAGAACGGGGCAGAGAAGGAGGCGCGCGAGUACCACAGGGCCAUCUAUCUCAUGCAGCGCACAUUGCCCGAGUUUGUUGCACGCAUCGCGUCAAAAUGGAACAUCGACGUCAAGCGAGUGUCCCGGGUUUUGCAUACCUUGCAGAGCGGGCUGGAGGUCGAAAUGGAUGACGACGUAAUCAAAGAGCUCUCCGAGGGGCAGGAUAUGGUCCUGGACAUUAUCGAGCAAAAGCAGCCAGUGAAGCGUGAGUGGGAAAUGUCACUGGAUGACGCACCCGGCGAAGAGGACGACGCUUCAGGGACGCAAACGCUACAACAAAGUAAUUACGAGCUCCGGCUUGCCUUCUGA